AUGCGUGAGCGAGACUUGGAAGAGGCUUCUGAUGAAGAGGAUGAGGCUUCUGAUGAAGAGGAUGAGCUUUCUGAUGAAGAGGAUGAAGUAGACUCUGGCUACGACAGUCUCUCAGAGGAGGACGUCAGCGAAGAGGAAGACGAGGACACGGAGGCUGAAGAGGAAGACGAGGACACGGAGGGUGAAGAGGAAGAUGAGGACACGGAGGGUGAGGAGGAAGACGAGGACACGGAGGGUGAGGAGGAAGACCCGCGUCUUUCUCCAGAGGCCUGCUCCUGUGGGACCCCCCUGGUCCAGCUGUGGAGGUUCCUCAGCCGCGGGCAGCGAGCAGCAAGCCCUCCUCCUGCGCCCUGUCCCGUCUUUGAAGAGGAGCGUCGUCCAGGGGGCUCCAGGCGCCACAGGGAUGGAGAUGAAGAGGAAGAGCCCAUCUCCAAGAGGCCACGCUUCUCCUACUCUGAGGACAUCGAGGAGGAGCCCACCCCCUCCACCUCUGCUGGGACGUCCGGGGGCUUCGUCCACUUCUUCCAGCAGCCCCCCCGGCUCCAAGACUCCGACUCUGACUGA